CAUAAGCAUCAAUGCACUAAUUCUUUGCCUGAACAAAGUUAGUAAUGGAUUCAGUUUAUUUAAAGAAACUUUUACUAAAAAGUUCUGAAGCAGACUGCAAAAGGCAUAUUUAUCUACAUAGUGAGUGGCAUGAUAAUGCCGUUGAUUUAUAUAUAAAAGACUCGAAAGCAGGAUUAUAUUACAAAGGCCAUAUCGCCCCAAUAGAUUUCGAGGAACCGGCUGCGGAAUUAGAUAUUCCACUAAAUGACUUCCGUGCAGAGUGUAAAAAUGUAUUAACCAGUGAUAUCGGGUUGCCAAGCUUUGAAAUAGAGCUGGAUGGUGAAAAGAAAAUUCUCAUUGUAAAUAAAAAUGACGGAUUCUGCAUUAGGUAUCUGGAAGUAAAGUUAACUGAAGCUGAUAAAAGUUAUGAAAUGUUGGAUAUUGCCCUAAAUUUGAUCGCCACAGGAAGGGUUGAAAGCGAGAACCAGAGGACAAAUGAGGCAUUAUCGAAUCUUGUGGAAGACGUUGAAAAAGUUGUGCAAGAGAAAGAAGAGUGGAAGCAGAAAAUGUUAAGGAAAUUUCUUGUUGUAUUGAAUACCAAAAAAGAAAAAAUUUCCAUUCUGCAGAAAAAGUUAGAAAACAUGGAAAACAGAAUGAAGCGGACGCAAGAUGUGAAUGCGGAAGUUGAUGUCAACGGGAGUAUAGGUGAACGAAUGGAGCAAGAUGCGGAGGAGGAUUCAAAUUCAGAUGCACUCGCCAGUUGCAAUGAACAGAAUGAUUUUGAUGCCCCCACACAACGCCUGACUCCACAAAUUACACGGCGAACGGAUGAAAUGUAGUUUUUUUUUCAGUAUUCUAGGAAACUGACAUUCCCAGAAUUUAAAAAAAAUGUACAGUGAUGAACAAAAGUAUUGGCACAGCAAGAUUCUUUCACUUUAACAUUACUUUUUGUUCACUUAUGAAGUGAUUUUUAAUCGCAAAAAAAACGGGAUAGACAGAAGAACAUAUUACCAAUCAUAUUUCCUUCAACUCAUUUUAUUAUUUUUUAUAUUUAAUUAA